ACGGUCCACUAUCUGUUUGCGUUUGUAGAAUUUUUCAUAUUUUUUUUUUAAGUGUUUAGGCAGCCAAGUGUAGCUUCACCGUCGUGCACUUGCCAGCUUCUGUUCCGGCAUUUGAAAUGCUAGCAACAACAAGAAAACAAAUAAUACAAAUUUUUGAAAACAAAUUAUUCAUUUGCGAAAAAAGCGACACAAAAAAAAAAAUAAACAAAACUACACACAUUCACAAGAAAAUGGUAGGCGUGUUGGAAGAGAGCCAGAGAACUUUUGGGGGAUCUUGCUUUGCCAGCGUUCUCAGCUCGUAGCGCUCUGCCCGAAUGCACGGAAAGCGCUCUGUUGGAGCACAGUUGGGUGCAAGAGCGCCAAGCAUUAACCAGUAACUCACGACGCUAAGUAGCUUUGGUGGGGAGCAGCUGCUUUGUGUAGUUAAAAUUAAUCGUACAUACAUAUGUACAUAUGUACAUACCUGGUUAUACAUGCUGUUACAUAUGUAUUUGUACUUUUGACUAGUUUUCGGUUCCGCAUUGCGAGCGUUUUAUUACCCUCUCCACAAGCCGGCAAGAGUGGGCAAAUUAAAGCUAUGCAGCAGUAGUGAGAAUUUAGUUAACGCAGAUAUUUCGAGACAUAACGACCGUAGAACGCGACGGCUGAACGCGCUUCGAACGAGAACAAAAAAAAAAAAAUUUUUAACUAAAAUUUUAUAAGAAUAUUUAAGAAAAUAUUGCAAAUCGCGACGACACUGAUCUCAAAUUGUAGAAGAGAUGCUAUAAAAAACUCUCUUAUGUCACCGCCUAAUUUACAAGAAGCUUGUCGAAGAACGUGUGGCAAUAUGAACAAUUACAAUUAAGAACACAAAUGCGCCAGUUCUCACCAAAACUAAGAAAAAAAUUCACCACGUCGUUCUAUUUUACAGAAUCGAAAACGUGCGAAAGCAAUUACAUUUGAAAAAGUUAACGGUAAAAGAAUACUAAGACUUUGCGAAUUUCAUAAAAAGCGCUUGUGAUAAAAAAUACUUCAACUAAGAAACGUUUCCUUAUUUGUAAAACGAAAAAGACUACGCAUAAAUACAAAACAUCAACACAAUACAUAUCAAUCAACUGCAGCAAUAGCCAUGGAUUUCGAUUACCACGAAUACCUCGCAUAUCUGGAGACCUUCUGUGUUUACUUCCCCUACCUCCUCUACACAUUCGUCUUUCUUACACUCAUACCCAAAUCCCUGUGCCGCAUUAAGACCUUCGCCGAUGCCGACUACGAGGCCAAUCGUCACAAAUACCAUCGCUGCUAUGCGCCGGACAUUUGCUGUCACACACUGGGCGAGCCUAUGCCCAAGCCAAAGCCACGCAAGGCCGUUACACGCGUCUACCCGAAGCGGCACAGCACAGCGGGCACCACAGAAACGCACUACGCCAAACGGCAGGAUACGCACGCCAAUCAUAUCAAGCGACAGGUAGAACCUGCUUCCAUACAAACCAACACACAUGUCAAUCAAAUUGCAAAAUUGUUCGAGAACGUGCCCACAGUAACCGUAGCGCCAGUGUUGUUGGGCAAGAAAAUCAAUCGCGUCACACCGACCAUACAGUGUCAGGAUGCAGACGAUACGCCAACUGCAGCGGUUACACCGCCAAAGUCCGCGCUUAACGCCUCGCGCCUCUCUCAGCUCCUUUCGCAGGAGCAGCUGGAGAGUUCGCUGAGUUUGCUGCAACAAGCAAACGCCGAUGAAGAUCACAACACGUGGAGUACGCGCCACGAAUCACCGCCACAACGACGUGCGCGACGCGAGGCGCCCAAUUCGCUGGCCUACGGCGCUGGCACUUCCACUACGCCAUCAACAGCGUCGCCAGCUGCAUCCUCAUCACGCUCCGAAUCACCGGCGCCACUAUCGUCAUCACCACUCGCCUCGCCGGUACUCUUCCGGCCACAGUUGAGUAUGAAAUCCAGUUUGGAGGAUAUUUUCGCAGCGAUUGCUCGCAAUGCCGAGAAGAGCGAGAAUUUCAUUUAUGCCGGCUGCAAAUCACUGUCGCCAGUCACCUCCAUCGAUGAUAUACUAUCACAGCGUCGCCUGUCACGCCCACUCUCCGCGUACUCGAUCAGUGAUCUGUUGAACGAGGAAAGCACGACGGCGGCGUUGGAUGAGGCGCGCGUGGAGAAUUUCCUCACUGCGCUUAACACAACAUGAGGAGGCCGGUGGGGGGUGGAAUCGCCUGACAGUAUACUUGGAUGGUUUGGCUGCGGCUGUGAAGUAGUUUGCAGUGCACACUUUGGCGUUUAGUUGUAUAUGAAUUAAUGUAUGUAUGUGUGAGGAUAUGUAGCGUUGUGUGUGCAAGUAGUUAAAUUGUUAGUCCUAAGAAACGUAGCGUUGUGGAAGUUGACAGCUGGCGGUUAGUCGUCGUAAUGAAAUGUCAAAGUGCCAUGCAAGCAGCGCUUCACACACAACAGCAGCGACAACAACAACAGCGUUCGCUGCAUAUUUCCCGCAAUUGCACAGCCAGUGCGCCACGGCGCAGUUCGCUGGCAACCAGCUGCAGCUGCAGCUGUUCCAUCGAUGAGUCACACCAGUCAGCCGAAUGUCAUUCAAAAGUCAGCGCACUGAGCUUGCGAAAUUUAAAUAUUUUCCAUUUUUUUUCUUGUCUAAGAAAUGACGCUGUUUGUUUACAGCGAAAU